AUGGCUGAGGCUGGGGGAUGCUCAACGAUAGCAGACAAUCUUGGAAACCAUCCAAUUCAUUAUGCUAUAGCCUGCUUGCGCAAAACACCUGUUAAGAUGCUGCAAAUGCUUAUUGAAACCGGAGCCGAUACAAAUGCUAAGAACAUAUAUGAGCAAUCGAUAGCCCAUUUAGUGAGAGUUGAUAGCAAAGAUUUAACCUUUGAAAGAAUCAAAUCAAUAGUAAAUAUAAUGAAAACAACAGACAUUAAAUUUAACGCAUCUGAUAAAUGGGGCUGUUUUCCGUUAAUGUAUAUUAGUGCAUUUUACGAUUCCGAUUGUCUCCCUUUUCUGAAUGAUAUAACUUCAGCAUCGACCGUUCUAAAUGCAAUAGACAACAAUGGGUCGUCUGCAUUGCAUUAUGCUGCCUACCACGAUUCUGGCACUUUUGUCAAUUUGUUGAUUCAAAAUGGCGCAAGAAUUGACACCAGAGACAAACUCGGCGAGUCUCCAAUCGAAACAGCUAAACGUCAUCUAAGAAUAAGUUCAGAAGAAGCUCUUGAUGAAAGCACAACAUCGGAAAGCUAA